AGAAGAACAAGAAUCAGAAAUUGGAGAUAUUCUUCUUUCUCUUCUUCUUCUUCCCCUAAUUCUGGAUAAUGGGUGGCCAAGUUUCCAAACAGGUACAGCGUAGAAAGGUGCUCUCCACCGAAAAGAAGCUUCUCACUAGUCUGCAACACAACUCCGGCAAUGAAUUCCCUGGUUCAGACUACCGUCCACCCGAUAGAAAGAAUUGGAUGCAAGGCCUUGACCCUCAGAGACUUCACAUAAACCAGAUCGUUUGGCCAGGUACCCAUGACUCAGCAACUAACAAGAUCGGAAUUCCAUGCAUCUCUCGUCCUUUCGCCCAAUGCCAAAAGCUCUCCAUCUACCAUCAACUCGUCAGGGGAACCCGAGUCCUCGACAUCCGAGUCCAAGAAGAUCGCCGAGUCUGCCACGGUAUCCUUAAAACUUACACCGUCGAUGUUGUCAUCAAUGAUAUCAAGAAAUUCCUAGGGGAGACCCAAUCGGAGAUCAUAAUCCUUGAGAUUCGAACCGAGUUCGGCCACCAAGAUCCGCCCGAGUUCGAUAAGUACUUAGUGGAUCAACUCGGUGAGUUCUUGAUCCAUCAGGACGACGGGGUAUUUGAGAAGCCCGUGUCCGAGUUGCUACCCAAGCGAGUUAUCUGUGUAUGGAAACCAAGGAAUUCGCCUCCACCGAAAGCUAAGGAUCCAUUGUGGAGUUCAGGGUACUUGAAGGACAAUUGGAUCGACACAGACUUGCCAUCGACCAAAUUCGAUAGUAAUCUGAAGCAUUUGAGUGAGCAACAGGUAGUGUUGAAGAGGAGAUUCUUCUAUAGAGUGGAGAACACAGUGACACCACAAGCCGAUAACCCUGUCUUGUGUGUGAAGCCUGUGACCCGUAGGAUCCAUGGCUAUGCAAGGCUCUUCAUUGCUCAGUGCUGCUCUAAUGGUUGUGCAGAUCGGUUGCAGAUCUUCUCAACAGAUUUUAUUGAUGAAGAUUUCGUUGAUGCUUGUGUUGGCUUUACACAUGCUAGAGUUGAAGGGAAGGCCUGAGACUGUUUUAGGAUC